UAGGUAUUUGUUGUCAAUCAAUCACCAAGAAUCCAAUUUAGCCUUCUGCGACACCACCACCAAGAAGACGAUGGUGUUUUCAGAGGAAGAAAUAACGCGACUAUACAGAAUCCGCAAAACAGUGAUGCAAAUGCUCAAAGACCGGAACUACCUCGUCGGUGAUUUCGAACUCAACAUGUCCAAACACGAUUUCAAAGACAAAUACGGCGAGAAUAUGAAAAGAGAAGAUCUCGUUAUUAACAAAACCAAAAAAGAUAAACCUUCUGAUCAGAUCUAUGUCUUCUUCCCUGAAGAAGCCAAAGUCGGUGUGAAAACAAUGAAGACCUACACCAACCGAAUGAAUUCUGAGAAUGUUUAUAGAGCUAUUCUUGUUUGUCAAACCAGUCUUACUCCCUUUGCCAAAACUUGUGUUUCUGAAAUUGCUUCCAAAUUUCACUUGGAAGUUUUUCAGGAGGCAGAGUUGCUGGUUAAUAUAAAAGAGCAUGUGCUUGUGCCUGAACAUCAGAUUCUCAAUGACACCGAGAAGAAAACCUUGCUUGAGAGAUACACUGUCAAGGAAACUCAGCUACCUAGAAUCCAGGUAACGGAUCCUGUUGCAAGAUAUUAUGGCCUGAAGCGUGGACAAGUUGUUAAGAUAAUCCGGCCAAGUGAGACUGCUGGAAGAUAUGUUACAUACCGAUUUGUUGUAUAAGGAUUUUCUUGCCUACCGAUAUUUAUGAUAAGCUCGAGCAAUAAUUAUACAGCCUUUUUUUGUAAUGGGUGACAAUAACUACAUUUCAGCAGGGGUUUAUUUAUUUUAUGUCAGCCCUCCUGUUCCUAGGGAACGAUGCCCUGGUAAUUUGGAGUUCGGGAUGAAAUGUGUAAGCCGCAUGAAAUAUGUUUAAAAUUGUGUUAAUGUGUACCGAGAGUCUGAGACAAUUUUUUUUCUUUUUUUGAACAAUUGUGAAUUCACACUUCUAUAAGUUCCCUGCUCAACUUGUUAAUCUAAACUCAUUUUCAUUUCCACUGGAACUAAA